UGUCUCAUUAGUGUGUAGGUGGAGCAGCAGGAAGAAAGCGACUCUCAGACUCUCAGUCCGCCUCGGUGGUUUCUCCGGGUCCCGGUCUUGUGUCCUUAUUGGUCUCCACUCUAACUAACUGGUUUCCACUCUAACUGGUUCCUAACUGGUUCUGAACUCUCUGCGGGUCUCGAGGACUCUGAUGUGGGAGGAAGACUUCCCGAUGAUCCAGGUGUCGAUCCCGUCCAUGGAGAAGGAGGAGGACGAGUCCGGGAGGACCAAGAAGCUUUUCCGAGUUGAAGUUCUGUUUAACGGGAGGAAACAUUUUGUUCUCAGAAGAUACAGCGAGUUCCAGACGCUGCACAGGAAACUCAGGAAGAUCAUCCAGACUCCAGACUUCCCGAGCAAAAGGAACCAACAUCUGAGGACCAAACCUCUGGAGCAGAGGAGGCAGGAGCUGGAGGACUACGUCCAGGACAUCAUCUAUGAGAACGAGGACGUGCCGCAGAUUCUGCUCGACUUCCUGCAUCUGAAACAUUUCCACACGGGGAUGAAGGUCAGCAGCAUGGAAUCUCUGGAUGAGUUGGACAGUCAGGAUGACAGUUAUUCGUUUCCAAAUCAGCGAGUGUUGGGUUUCUUUCAGGACCCAUAUCUCUCCGACUGCAGAUCAGAUCUCCCUGACGUCGUCGUGGACGGAGUUCUUCAGGGUUUUUACCCGCGGGACGUCCGAGUCAGCUUCACGGCUCCGACCCUCUCAGAGCCCAGCUCCUCUAUAGACGCAUGAGACUAAAGUUAGAUUUUAUAUUUUAUAGAAUAAGUUAUAAACAGUCAAAUGCACAUCACAGAUGGAGAGAUAAAUGAUGAGGUCAUCAGCGUAUGCUCGAAUCCUGCAGCAGGAAAUAAUUCACUCAGGAGUUUUUUUUUCUAAAAUCUGUUGUUCCAGCUGGAUUCAUGUUGCCUUUAAAUUAAAACGAGUUCCAGUGGUUUUAUUGUGAAAACAAACACAACAUGCACGCCAAUAUUUGUUACAGAUAUUUAACAUUUAAUAGUGAAAUCUGCAGUUUUUUCUUGUAGUUCUUUGAAUCUCCACUGGAUGUGUUUCGAGGUGUUUUUACAUUUAUACAUUUUUAGUUAUUAUAUUUUAUUGAGGCUGAUAUAAAUUUCUGAAAUAACCUUUAUAUAACUUUAUUAAUGAUAUAAAUUGCCUUUGACACCUUCAGCUAAACACUGAAAGGAAGGCUGUCCUAUUUUAAAGUGAUAUUUUUUAGAGUAAACAAGAGUUUUUAGGAGUUUUAUGUUUUGUAUCAUGUUGUUUUUAUUUAAAUUAUAAUAA